UUCAUAGAAUAUUGUUCUUUUUUUUUAUUUAGAGUUUCUUUUGCUUCGAUUGAGGAAGCAAUAGGUCUCCUCAAAUGGAAAGCAACUAUCGAAAACCCGAAUAAUUCCUUAUUUGAUUCUUGGAAAAUAAGUUCUCGUGAUGUUAAGAAUUUUUUCAGCCACGGAGAAGCAAAUCCUGAUGCAUGCAGGGGUUGGUAUGGAGUUAAAUGUUUUAAUGGUCGGGUAAACAUGUUGAAUCUUAAAAAUGCUGGUGUCGUUGGUACACUCGGUGAUUUUCCAUUUUCAUCUCUCUAUUAUCUUGAAUACCUUGAUCUUAGCGUCAACCAGCUCUCUGGCUUCAUCCCUGCUGCAAUAGGAAAGCUCACUAAUCUUGUCUAUCUUGACUUCGGGUUUAAUCAGAUUUCAGGCACAAUUCCACCACAAAUCGGCUCACUAACAAAGCUUGACACCCUCCGCAUCCCUAACAAUCAUUUAAAUGAUUCUAUUCCAGGAGAGUUGGGGAAUUUGCAAAAUCUCACUAGACUUGCUUUAUACGAUAAUCAACUAACUGGUUCUAUUCCUGCUUCAUUUGGCAAUUUGAGUAACUUGCGUAUUCUAAAUAUACGCGCCAACAAACUUUCUGGUUCUAUCCCUAAAGAGCUUGCAUAUUUGGAUAACUCGGUAGUGAUGAUAAUGAGUAAAAAUGAGUUUUCAGGUCAUUUGCCAGAGAAGCUUUGCCAAAAUGGUAAACUUGAGAAUUUUACAGUGAGCAGUAACAAACUUUCAGGGCCAAUACCAAGAAGCUUCAGCAAGUGCUCGAGUUUUAAAAGGGUUCGGUUUGAUAAUAACAGCUUCACUGGGAAUUUAUCUGAAGCUUUUGGUAUCUACACGGAGCUUUAUUUCAUCGAUUUGAGCGACAAUGAUUUCCACGGUGAUCUCAGCAGCAACUGGGGGAAAUGUAAGAAUUUAACUAAUCUGCAGGUGGCUAGAAAUAACAUUAGUGGUAGCAUACCACCAGAGAUUGGAAACAUCAAAGGGCUUCAACGACUUGAUCUUUCAUCCAAUCAUUUGGUUGGGCAGCUACCUAUGGAAUUCGGAAAAUUGACCUCUCUUGAUUUCAUUCUUCAUUUGAAAAUUCAUGUCACAAUAGCUUCAUGAAUGAAGUAAGGGCAUUGAUAGGGAAUAAGCACCGGAACAUUGUGAACCUAUACGGCUAUUGUUCGAAUGCACAACACUCGUUCUUGGUUUACGAGUAUGCAGAGAGGGGGAGUUUGUCUAGUAUAUUGGGCAACGAAGUUGAGUCGAGAAAAUUGGAUUGGCUAAAGAGGGUGAAUAUUAUCAAAGGAGUUGCUUUUGCUUUAUCUUACAUGCACCAUGAUUGCUCCCAGCCGAUUGUCCAUAGAGACAUAUCAAGCAGUAAUGUUUUGCUUGAUUCUAAGUAUGAAGCUCGUGUCUCUGAUUUUGGCAUCGCUAAGAUUCUCAAACCAGACUCAUCCAAUCGCAAUACGUUGGCAGGAACAUAUGGCUAUGUUGCACCAGAGCUUGCAUAUACGAUGAAGGUUACACAAAUGUGUGAUGUCUAUAGCUUUGGAGUAUUAGCAUUGGAGAUAAUCAAAGGAAAGCAUCUCGGGGAAUACAUUACCGUGCUAACAAAUUCAUCGACUAGAGAUAACGUGCUUCAACUUAGCGAUUUGCUAGAUGAACACCUUCCAUAUCCUGAAGGGAGAGUAAAAGAGGUUUUGUUUUUUAUCAUCAAGCUAGCUAGCAAGCUCUUGUUUGCUUGAAACUCCAAAAUCAAGGCCAACAAUGUACUUCAUCUCUCAUAGGUUAUCAUCAAUAGAUACACAUCACCUAUUUAUGAAAGGCGAUAUGAAUAACCUUUGACACCAAGUGGUUGUGAAGUUCCACAAAAAGUUAUUACUGGGACUAGUAUUGUUGUUUCAAAUCUUAGGGUGCUUAACUGGUUUAUUGCACUAGUGUAUGCAGCGUAAUUAUUUAAUUCUAUAGUAUUUUGCCACGAAUU